CGAACCAGAAAUAUUCAUAUCAAUUCCUUCUCAACUCCGCCGCCGAUCGUUACGGCGAUGAACUCAACCGCCGCCGUGACCUCUCCGCCUUAUUAUCUCAACUGCAGGCUCCAGCCCUCUUGCUCUCGUUCCUCUUCCGCCGUCGCUCUAUCCCGCCGCCGUCCUCCUCCGGGGGUUUCGAGCUUCUUCGGCACUCGAAUUUUGAAUUUCAAUUCAGUUAAUCAGGCCUCAUCGAAUAAUCUACCAUAUGCUUUGCCCUCCGUUCCUCCUCGGCAUCCAGGUAUAACAAAGGCUGUUGCCACGUCAGAUUCAGCUCUGGAACUGCCGCUGACAGCGGAAAACGUAGAGAGCGUGUUGGACGAAAUUCGACCUUAUCUCAUAUCGGAUGGGGGUAACGUUGCGUUACAUGAAAUUGAUGGGAAUAUUGUGAAAUUGAAACUGCAAGGAGCUUGUGGCUCGUGCCCUAGCUCUGUAGUCACGAUGAAAAUGGGCAUCGAGCGUCGUCUAAUGGAAAAGAUCCCUGAAGUUGUUGCAGUUGAAUCAAUUCCAGACGAAGAAACGGGCCUUGACCUAAAUGAAGAGAACAUUGAAAAGGUGCUCGAAGAAAUAAGACCUUACCUGAUUGGAGCAGCUGGUGGGGAAUUAGAGCUAGUGACAAUCGAGGAGCCAAUAGUGAAAGUACGAAUAAGUGGGCCUGCAGCUUCUGUGAUGACUGUUCGAGUCGCUGUCACUCAGAAGCUUCGAGAAAAAAUCCCAUCCAUUGCAGCUGUUCAACUUCUUUCCUAGUCAACAAGACAUCUCUCUUCGUGGAAAAUGUAUCGAAAAUCGAAAUUCGAGAUGCAGGCUCAAAUAAGAAAGCAUUGUUCGAGUCGAUGUUUAGAAAAAACUUAAAUUCCGACUAUAGGACUGCGCAUUAUAUACACGAUUUAGAAGUUGCAGUGUGUGUGAGGUGGGUGCAGGGCAGCAUUUUUCAGUGUGAUGGUUCUCAUUUGGGGAGUAGAAAUUUAGUUGUAUAAUUUCUCAUGUUUUGUUUUUAUGGGUUUUCAUUUGUAAUAGAAUUUGUGUUUACAAUAAAUUAAUUUGUAAAAAAAAAAAAAAAGCAUCUUCAUUAGGUUAUUUGGUAAUGGUAAAUUGGUAAUCUCAU